UUUCUUGACAAAUAAAUUCACAAUUUUGCUCAUACUUGAAGACUGAAUAAUUUUACACGCAAUUGUGCCGUUGGUCUCUUUUUAUAUUUGCACUAUCAGCACUAUAGCCGAUUUUGAAGUUCUCACUUAUGUUUUUUGGAUUUGAUACAGAGGGCAUAAAGGACCCUUUUAAGCAAAUCGGUUCUGUAGAUAAUGGUAGCUCAGCCAGUAGAAUAGUGCACAUUCGUAACCAUCAAAGGAAUGGGAGAAAAAGCGUGACCACUGUGCAGGGGUUGGAAGAAUCUCUGGAUUUAAAAAAAAUGGUCAGAGCCCUCAAAAAAGAGUUUAGCUGUAACGGUACCAUUAUUGCGCAUGCCGAACACGGUUCGAUUAUACAAUUACAAGGGGACAAGAGACAGGAUGUCGUCAAGUUUCUAGAAAGAGAGAAGCUAGUCACUCCAGAUCAAAUUAGAAUACACGGAGCAUGAGUCGAUGUUUCAGGGACCAUGCGGGGUUUAUUGUAUAACAGUU